GUGCCUACCCAACCCACUUUUGUACCGUGGAAGGUCCUUAAAUGCUUAAGAGCAGUUUUGUUUUUUAUUGUGCGUUGAAAGAUUUUGAAUAUCAGUUUAUGCAUAUUGUGGUUGAUGCUAUGAACGUUUAAAUCGUUUCGCCUACUCAAUAGGAAUUCAUCAGUGAUUAAUACAUGGUUGCGUCAUCGUUCUACGGCUGAUUAAAUUUCACAUUUCAUUUUCUGAAAACGGUUAGCAUGAUUGAGCUGGUUACUUAAUCAAUAUGCAGGACAAAACAGCAUUUAUUACAUCCUAGGGACGAAGCAGAAGACACCCAGAUAUGGCGAUGCUAUUCAUCAUGCAUGUUUUGAUCUGCUCGAUCGUCAACCAUGCACUAGGAAUGCCGGCUGACGUCGAAAUGACCUAUCGACAUUUGGCCAUGAGAAAUGCACGCCAUGUAGACCGCGCUCAAAGUCACAGUGACGUAGGGACUCGACAAAAACGAGCAGCCAAUCAGAGUUGUGAGAUGACUACAAUUGGAGAAAGAUUGCUGUCAUGCCCAUUUGCCACAGCUGCUAUUACUAACUCAACUGUUGACCAACUUUCGAGUAUUUGUGGAAACGUCGAGUGUAACAUAAAAUGUUUUACGGAAGCGGUUGGAGACUGCUAUCAGACUGACCAGAACUUCUAUUUAGACCCAAGCGUGAUCAAAAUGGUGAAUAGAGCCAUGUGCGCCAACACGGAACUUACUACUGGAAUGUUGACCCACUGUGCCUCUCAACUCUUCGAUGACCAGUGCUUGUCAGUUAUGAGUGCGGCCCUUACAAGCGCCAUUUUAGACUAUUAUGUUCCACAGGACUAUGCUAACUAUAAGAUAUCUUACUGCAGUGCAUUAUCAACCUAUGUUUCCUGCCUAAGCGUCCAACCUUCCGGCAGCUGCACGUCCGAAAUGGCUCAGUUUGCAAACGAUAUUAUGUUUGCAUCAGCCCAGUAUGAAGGUUGUGGAGGUCAGACGAGCGCCUUCUUCACGACGUAUGAAGGCGAUAUUGAAUGUAGCGCAAGUCAUGCGGAUGGAAUAAAUUAGUGCGUACAUUUUGAAUGAACAAACCCAAAAGCACUCUUUUCAACCAUGCUAAAUAUAAAUAAUUUGUGGUUGUGUAUAUUGACUUAUCAUUUGUUGUAAUUGUUUUUUUAAACAGAAGAUCUUUUACCGUAUGCUUAAAAAACCAGUCCUGAGUUUAUGACAUCAUUUACAGAAGGACAACGUUGGGCUGUUACAAUAGGUUCAAACGUUACCAAAACACAUUUACCUGCUUUUCAAAAAAGACAAAGUCCAUGUGAAUAUUUCCUUGUUGGUAUAAGUAAUGGAUCUAAUGUUACUAGAAAAUCUUCCUCGUCUAGAGUGUGUUAUUUCGAAUUUGACAUUUGUAGCAUCUUAACUUUGACAAUGGGGCCAUCUUUUCGAGAAGCGUUCUAAAACAUCGUAAGAAAAUUAAAUAUUAAACGAGUGUCAAAAAAUAUUGAAAUUCAACUUGUUAAUGUAAAAAAAUCAUAAUAAUAUUUCCAGCCUGGGUACUUGUUUAAGUUAAUAGUUCGUAACAACCGAAAAUAGAAUAUUCCAAAAAGCGAUCGUACUAUACCAUCGUUGAUAAGUACCCCCUCUAUGGAUAGUUCAAUUAUCAUCAAUUGUGCUGCUUUAUUAAUUGUUAGCGUAUAUUAUGAAUUGUGUAUACAGCUUAAAAACAAUAUUCGACGAUAUUAUUUAGUACAAAAGUAGGUUAUUGUAUCACAUGCUUUAAUCAUAAUUUCAAAACGAACAACAUUGAUAUAUUGAAGUAUCAUGACAUCAGACGAUAGAUGUAAGUCUGUAAUUCUGGAUAGCUAUUGAUGAUAAUCUAUCAUUUUGUUUAAGAUUUUUAGAAUAACAUUUUAACAGUUGUGUGUUCAAAGCGCCAUGAAGUAAUAACUUUAUUUUGAUAUCAAUGUGAUUUGCUGUUUUGCUAUUUGUUGUAAUGUGGUGCCUCCUGUCUCUCAUUGAGUGUUUGUUCGGCUUUGAUCCUUUUGUUUUAAUUACAACAUAUAUGUAAUCUCUAUUUCUGAUCAUGUAAUGCUGUGGCUCUCAUAUAGAUUCUGUUUUGCUUUGACCUUAUGUUUAAAAUGAAAACAAAAACUGCUUGGCUCCUUGCUGUUUUCCAAAAACAUCUAUGUUUAGAUACUUUAUAAUUAAGCACAAUAAAGACGUUUGUAAGAGAAAACCAGUAUUUUUCUGAAAUCGAAUACGCCAGAGAAAAUCUUAGCGCCUUGAUACCAUCAGUUCUUUGAGACUGUGGCGGUUAUCAGAAGAUAUUAUCAAGACAAUAUAUCGCAAGGGUAAAGCAAAAAUACUAAAUGUUCAACAAAUUUUACAAUUUAAAUUUUAUCUAAUAUUCAUCUCCCAUUAAAAGCUGAAAAAAACUUGAUUUAUACUGUGAAAUUUAAAUAUUACCAAAGCAAACAUGAAUCUGAAAAAAGAAUUAUAAAGAAUGAUGUUUUGUUUACGUUGGAUUUCUUGUAUUAUAAAUAACAAAGAGAAAUCGACGUGUUCUUUACACAUAUUUAACAAAUACUGAUAGUGUCUUUUGUAUAUGUUAACAUUUUCAACAUUUUAAAGCAUUAAAAAGCUUAAGCUAUUGCAAUGUUUACAAACGUACAAAUUCAUCAUAUGUUGAUAAGAUUAAAUAAAUAAACAGUU